GGCGUUAGACUGUUCCAAGGCAGGUGUUCGCAGCUGUGCCGCGUGACAUUUGCCGGAUGCCGGAUGCCCCGCCACUCAUGGUUUUGGUGGGGAUGGAUGAUGUCGGUACGAUGACGCGCAUCCAAGCCACGCUGCGCCUGCAUAAGCUUGAAGCUCGCCAGUCUCAUCAUUACCUACUGCUCGUCUGCAUUUUGCGAUAGGGCUACUCAGUUUCAAUUCAAAUCAUACAGCAAGCAUUCGUCUUUCCAGAAAUUCGACUCCAAUUCCGUAGCUCUAUCACUUCAAAAUGGCAGACUUCGCGCCGCCGCCAGGCCCGCCGCCACCUAAAGUUCCAGAAGGCUGGAAAGCUGUCUGGAACGAUCAGUAUCACGAAUGGUUCUUCGUCAACGUCUACACCAAGCAAUCUUCGUGGGAGAAGCCCACUGAACCCGUUUACCCACCUGGUGAAGCUCCACCGCCCGGCGCUCUUCCUAUGUAUGGAAGCGCGGUAGCCUCCCACCCUACAGGCAUGAGUGAAAAGUCGGGUUUCAGCAGCAACAAUCCCUACAACAGCCAACAACCGGGUAUUAGCGAGGAUGAAAAGCUCGCAAGAAAGCUACAGGAAGAAGAGCAAGCACGCGCAGGCCAUUAUUCAAGCGACGCCAAUCGUGGCGCGAGCAACGACUAUUACGGUCAGCCUCAGGGUGGCUACGGUGCCAGCGGUCCCAGCGUCGUUGGCGCUCCUCAUUCGGGUGGAUAUCCGGCACCUGGAGGUUAUUCGCAGGAGCAACCCUACCAGACUCCCUCUACACCAUAUCAAUCGACACCACAACCGGAUCAAAAUCGAAGCAAAAGCAAGGGUGGCCUCCUCGGAAAGCUGAUAGGAAAGGCCACUGGUGGGAGCUCGCAUCAUGCACCGCAGUCGUACGGACAGCCGGCUUACGGAGGCGCCGGCCACUAUGGGGGACAGGGCAUGUAUCAGCAGCGUCCAGGGUACGCGAUGCCGCCCGGGCGUCGCCCUGGAAAGGGUGGUAUCGGCGCGGGUGGUCUGGCGAUGGGAGCUGGUGCGGGUCUGCUUGGUGGUGCGAUGUUAGGCUCAGCGAUGGCCGAUGAUGGCGACACAUACGUUGAAAACAACUAUGGUGACGAUGGCGGGGAUAUGGGAGGCGGAGGCUUCGACGACGGUGGUGGUGAUUUCGGCGGUGACUUCUAAACUAUGUAACAUUUUCAUUCCUGUUACAGUACUUCGAAGUUUGCACACGUCGUCAUGGUGGCACUUUUAGCUUGUUAAUGUCUAUUCAGUUUACUGCUCGC